ACGACUGAGCUUCACAUCUUUUGACAGAAAAAAUAUAGCGUUGCUCUUUUUUUUUCAUCGGCACUCUUCGGUAAGCUCUCAACUGCUGUUGCCGUUGUCAUUGUCUAACGUGAGGUGUUGUCUUUGUUUUAAAUAGUGAAGUUUGUUUUUAGAUUGAAUUUUAAAUCAGUUAAUUGGAAAAACAUUUUUUCAGUUUGGGGGUCAACGAUUUGCGACGGAUUGCGACCCCGGGGGGGGGGUGGUGGGUAACCUUUGUCAAAUAAUAGAGUGAAUACAUUAUAGACGGACCCACGUGCAAUUCACCUUAAUAAUACAAUAUGUACUCAACUUUUCGCGUCGAGGGCCAUAUUUAAGUUUGGGACGUCACCUUACGGCCCGACAUAUUGCCUACACUACCUUGGCCUACGUCAGCACAACAUUCUCAAGGCACAAUAUGUCACGUUGUCGUAAAUUUGACUUUAAUUUUAUAUUGCAACUUCGUACAUUUUAAUAUUUUUUAAACACAUUUAUUUUCUUGUUAGAGUUAUGCUUAAAUAGCAGUAACCAUUAGAUGUCUAUUUUUUGUGCGCCAAUCCACUUCCUUUCCAUUCUUCUCCCCUUUGUUUUGGUCCGUGUCUGUGCCUAACUCUUGUUCUUUUCUAUUUGUUUAGGAAGGCUAAAUAUAAAUAUACACUUUAAACAUAUAAAUUUAUACUAAUUUAAAUGAUUUUUUGUGUUGUUUUUUUUUUGUUGUUUUUUUGUACUGAUGAAAGCCAAAACGUUUACAUUGGUAAUUUUGUAAAUAUAUUCGUUAAAGCUGAACUUAUAUUGUUUCAUUUACACAAAUUGUUUAUGUCUAACUAAUGUACUUUAAAGCUUUAUCGCAGUCAAACACAGUUGCUCCAAUUCAAUACUGUUUAAGUUUACUAACGCUAUUAAAAGAAGAAAAAAAAUUGGCAACUGCUUUCUAAUAUGUUUUUUCCAUGUUUUCUGAGAGCGGUCCGGGUGAGGCAUAUCGUUGCUCUUAACGCUAACACUAUUUUGUUGCUCAUCUGGUGAGUGUGAAGUCAAAGUAACUUGCGUUGAGUUCUUUCCAGAUGGUUUGGAUUGUUGUUGCGCUUUCUUGCAAACAUAUUCAAGACUUGAACUGCAAGUCUCCUGAUUGUUAGAUGGAUACUAUUAUUGCUAGAAAGACCUUUGCCAUUGUAUGUCAAUAAAUGGUGCACCAGCAUUUGUCAGGAGGGACAGGUAUCCUGACGUCACAAUCAUUUAAAAAAAAAAAAUGAAAUCUGACAUCACAACAUAAAACAGCCACCCUUCUAAUCAUGCAUGGGAAGCAACUUCGGCAAAUCCUCUUGAAUGACUUCCCUUUGAUAAACGCGGACAAACACGCACCGCUGAAGAACAUAUGUUUUAUCAUUGGACUUAUCCACACUGCUACAAUGCAGAUUUGUUUCAAAUAUAUAUCACAAAAAUCAAUCGAUAUAAUAAAUCUUCAGCAAGUUCAUCGGCUCUACGACUUGAUGCGCUAUCGGUAGUCAAGCUGCAAUUUGAUAGGUAGUACGGCUUGAUGCGCUAUCAGUAGUCAGGCUGAGUCUAGAUCAACACAGAUAUCUUUUUUGUAAAAGUGUUUUUCUUAGGCUGCUUGUUCAAUUUGUUUGUAUGCUUGCCGAGGAAUCUGUCAUCUAGAUUUCCACCAACUUCCUCAUGUCUAAUUCAGAGGCUCUCAACCUGUGGGUCACAACCCCUUGGGGGUGAGGGGGUCGAACGACCCUUACAGAGGGGUCGCCUAAGGGCACCGGGAACAAACAUAUUAAUGAAAUAGCAAGUCAAAUAAUUUUAUGUUUGGGAUCAUCACACCAUGUGGAGCUGUAUUUAACGGUCUUGGCAUUAGGAAGGUCUAAUUGAACUGAAACUAUGUUCACUUAACCCUCCCCCCCCCCCCCGAUGGCAGUACAACCCUUCGUGAUCAGUAGGUCACCAGUGUGCUACAAUUACCCUUGAGUGACCUCAAUCUUGCAUCUCAAUUUUCACCCACUUCCUGAUGUUCGGUUGAUGAGCCUUUUUCUGCACUAUCCACCCCAGAUAACAAUACAAAAUUUCACAAUCGGCAGGUCCCCAGUGAUCUCAACUGACCCUCGAGUGACCUUUGCGGAGAUCUCAGGAACGGAAAGUUAUAGGGACAUCGAUCUUAAGCAACAACGUUCCUAAUUGCCCCCCCCCCGGUCCCCGGAACAAUCAACGAUGAUUAAAAAAAAUUUUCAACCACAGAAAGGUCACAAUUGACCUUUGAACUGUUUGUAUUUCAGGUGCCCCUCACGCUUGUUGGUCAUAUGUUUCCCAGAUAACAAUACAAAAUUUCACAAUCGGCAGGUCCCCAGUGAUCUCAACUGGCCCUCGAGUGACCUUUGCGGAGAUCUCAGGAACGGAAAGUUAUAGGGACAUCGAUCUUAAGCAACAACGUUCCUAAUUGCCCCCCCCCCCCGGUCCCCGGAACAAUCAACGAUGAUUAAAAAAAAUUUUCAACCACAGAAAGGUCACAAUUGACCUUUGAACUGUUUGUAUUUCAGGUGCCCCUCACGCUUGUUGGUCAUAUGUUUCAAACUACUUCCAGAUAUUUUAUGACAUCUGCUAAGACUAAAAAUAAAAAAUAUAUAUAUAUACAUUUAAUAUUAAACGAAAUGGGUUUUUUGGUGUUUUUUUUUAAACAUGAUUUUAUACAACUUUACUAAAAAGUUUUGAAUAAAUGACCCUCAAAACUUUAGAGUUGUUACAGUCAUAUGACUUUUAAAAAGAAGCGAGGAUCAACCACCAACUCAGGAAGUGGGUCAAAAUUGAGAUGGAAGAUUUGACAAGACGAACACUAAAACACUGGACAGUACAACUAUUUUUAAAAUUCGUACAGCAUCAUUGUAUUUAGUGGGAGGUCGACGAUUAUUUCAUUUUAAUAAUAAUUAUGACUGUAACAACUGUGAAGUUUUUGGGUGAACAUUUAUUUCAUUCUUCUAAAAGAUCUCUAAUUAAAUCAUCAUUGUCAGUGAUGAAGCUACUUCAUGACUGAUAUCUACGCUAGAGAAAUACUUGAGAUCUCUCAUGUUUUAAUUCUGUUUAAUUUAAACAUGUGAAUAUGACUUUGUACAAUAUAAUAAAUAAAUAGUUCCAUUUAUUUGGAUCAAUAAAGAAUCUUAUCUUAUCUCAUCUACCUGAUAUUAUCUCAUAUUUUUGCCCUGUUUAAGACUUUAUCCGACAAUAAAAGCUGAAAUUAAUUUUGAUUUUUGAAUUUCCAAUUAUAUAUAAUUUAAACCAGAUUUCAACAAUGGCAAGACUUGUGACCUGCGUUCUCAUCUUACUUCUGCUCUCGCCAACUGCCACCAAUGCCUGGUUCCUUGAGGUGGUAGGUGCUGUAGCGGGGGUCAUAUUGGCUCCAGCAGCUCUACCCAUUCUCUGCUUUACGUCAGGUACUUUGCAAAAUUUAAAGUGAUAAAUUAUUGAUAUUUUAUUUCUCAAAAAUAGUGUGUAUUGAUAUUUCAUGUAUGGAUAUUUUAUGCAUGGAUAUUUUAUGCAUGGAUAUUUUAAGUAUGUAGGCUACAGUUAAUACAUGAUUAGCUCAAUGUGAUUAAGGCUAUAAGAAAAAAAUAACUAGGACAUAAAUGUCUUGUAUUGUAUUUGAUGGCCGAUAAAUUUGAUCGAUGUUUUUUCAUCACAUAUUUUGCUUAUAUCAAUUCUUCGUUAAAAAAAUAGUGAAUAGAUCGAUAAUCUCGCCCUAUCGAUAACGCCUCCAUUUUCAGAUCGAAAUCCAAUUUUCCCUGGACUUUGAUUCAAAUAAAUUAGUUUUAAAAUAAUGAUUAUGCAUGCCCAUUCAAAAUUGAAUAAUGAAAAUUCAACGUGAUAGGCUACGCAAUGGAUUAAAGCUUUUUUUAGAAAUCAGCGGCUUAAAGGAUGAUUUUAAAGCCAUUAUGCAUGAGCGUCAUGUUAAAAACGUUCUCAUUGGAUGAAAUCAGUGGUUUUCAACUUUCCUAGUGCCGCAACCCUUUAAAACAGUUCCUCAUACUGUGGCGACCCUUAAUAUGAAUCCAUGGUCCCAGGGGGGGGGGGUGGUGUUCGUUAAAAUUUUGAGAACAACUUGUCGGUGGGGGGGCUGUUACAAAAUAAUUUAAAAAAAAAAAAAAAAAUUUAAAACCGUUCUCAUGGGAUGAAAUCAGUGGUUUUCAACUUUCCUAGUGCCGCAACCCUUUAAAACAGUUCCCCAUACGGGGGCGACCCUUAAUAUGAAUCCAUGGUCCCAGGGGGGGGGGUGGUGUUCGGUAAAAUUUUGAGAACCACUUGUCUGUAUGAUGGCCAUUACAAAAUAAUUUAAAAAAAAAAAAAAAACAUGUAAAGAAAUUUGAGAGAGCGCCCAUCACAAUUUGAACCAUUUCAUUCAACCCGUCUUUAAGUGCAAGAGAUUAAAACUUCUAAUAAAUAGUUCUUCUCGAAAUCGAUGGAGAGAAUUUUUAUCUGCUUGAUAAAGCUGCCAGGUGGGAGCUGAUUUGGAUAUUUGACUUUACCAAUAAUUUGAGGAUACAUUUUCGUAACUUAAUGCACAUAUAACAACUUUUGUGGUAAGACUAGAAGCUUUAAAUGCUUUAUUGACUAAUAGUAAUUAAAAGGCUUUUACUUAUUUUUUAACGUGAUCUAAACCGUUUUUAAACAUAUUCCAAAAAUUGUUUCAACUGCAAAUAGUUUAUAACAAUUGAAAAGCGCUGAAUUGAACAAAAAAUUGUGAUUUAUAAGAUUUGUCAGUUUGCCUUUUAUUAAAGUUGCGCCAGCGAUUUCUAAAAAAAAAAAUGACAUUUGAUAAUAAUUAUUGUUGCAGAAUGUUUAAAUACAUUGAUAACAUUAAUAUGAUAUUGCAUUAUGUAAAGCGGUUCUGUGUAAAUCGAACUUUCUCAAAUCGAGAACCGCGUGUUGAUCAACGAGUUGUGAAAUGAACGCCAAGUAUAAAAAUUCCAAAACUUCUUUAAGCUCAGCUAUGAAAUUGAGCUUUAAAAAUCAACUGUAACUUAUCUCUUUAGCCAAAGUUUACCAGAGUGAUUUUAAAAUUAAAUUUUCAUCCUUACUAUUACAGCUGGCAUUGCCUCUGGGUCUCUAGCUGCUACGGCGAUGUCAGUAACAUUGACAACUGGUGCUGUUGGUGCCGCGGGUCUUGCAGGGACUGUUGCUGGUGCUGCAGUUGAAGCAGGCGUUAGGCACGCGAUUUCAAAAGCCUUCUCAGAGGAUGACUGAACGUAUGAAACUGGAGAUAGGAAUACGGUCGUCUUAGAAAAAAGUCUGAUAAUUGACUUGUUUUUUGCGGAAAUGAUAUAAUGUACUAGAGACUGCUUCUUGAUCUUUAUAAAAACAGCAACAUAUUCUAAUUCAUAACUCAAAAUUAGACAAAGAACAGAACUAUAAAAAAAAAUAACUUAUGUAAUUUAUUCAUGCAUGUAUUUUUGCAUGGAAAUUUGCUAUCAAUAAUAUCUAUUUUAUAAAAUGUAUCUUCGAAAUGUUCAAUGCUAUGUCAUUUAAAAGCAUACAAUAUGAUUGCAUAAUAAAAACAACAAUCCAAUGGUAUGAUUGCUAACCUCCAUUACACAAAAUAAAUAAUGUCAAGUACUUUUUAAACAUUCAAGCAGUAGUUAUUAAAUGUGGGACCGACUAUUUUCAGACAUCAAGGUUAAAUAGAAAGGAUUACAUUUUUUCAAGUUUUCGUAUAAUUUUUAAACUAUAAUUUUCUGGGUUUUUAAAAAAAAAUAAAAUAAGUGUUUAAA